AUGCUGAUCUCAUGCGAGGAGGCCGCCCAAACUCUGACUAUCCAGCCCUCGAUUUAUUCUGUUCCGGAGCUGCGAUGGCGCGUCGCCCUCCGUUUCUCAAAAAAAACAGACUACACAAAACUUGUGCGUGUUCUUGCCGAGGCAAAGGAGCAGAUGGCCGCUCGCGAGGAAGAACAGAGUACUCAGAUGAAGAUUCUCCACCGCCGACACUGCCGCCCCAUCGCCGUUGUGGAACCAACCGGGGCUGUGGACUAUGCAAGGGCCCAUGAAGAAUGGAACGAUACUGAUGCAGAGGAGGAGGCAGAGGAGGCAGAGGAAGAGAGGGAGGAAGCAGAGGUGGAGGCGGAGGCGGAGGCGGAGGCGCAGUGA